AUGCGUUACUCGGCAUUAUAUAGAGCCAAUGUCAUCUUCACGGGCACAAGCAAGCAAAAGGGUCAUGAUGUGAUCGAAGGUUUAGACAAUGCAUUCAAAGGGAAGAGACCGCACAAUGCAUUCUUUUUUAAUAUGGAUAUCACAGAUUGGAAAGCCCAAGAAGACAUUUACGAUUUUGCUUAUAAACGCUAUGGAAAGCCCAUUGAUAUUGUCAUCGUCAUUGCCGGUAUUUUGGAUUCCUCUAAUCUGGUGAACGAUACCGAGCAAGAUGGUCAUUAUCGAACAUUGGACGUCAAUCUUACUGCAGCAGUAAAGGCCAACAGACUUGCCAUUCAGUACUUUCUCCGAGAGAAAUCACCAGGAUGUAUCAUCAAUACAUCUUCAGUAUACGGGCUGGGUCCAGCUCCAUCAAACCCACUGUAUGCCGCAUCGAAACAUGCGGUAAAUAGUCAUCGAUUAGCUGCUACACCACGACAAGCAUUAACGCUAUCCUAUAGAUUAUUGGAUUAA